UACAACUGGUAUUUAUGACUCCUUAUAGGUCUUCUUUGCUAAGUUUUCACUUGAGCCACUUUCACGAGUGGGCUUAAAUUGUCUGUACUUUGCUUCAUUUUUCAGUUGCUUAUUAAGGUGGCUAAAAUAAUUUGUGGGUCCCCAUGGUCUAAACUUUGGUAUUAUCCUGAAACAUCUUUUUUGGGACACCAAUAGGAAAGUUGUUAUUUAAAUGGUUUCAUAAUCGAAAUAAAUGAUUUUAUUGUAUUUCUUUGAUAUGUGGUCUUUGUUUUCAGGUAUUUUCAUGGUCUGAUACAUUUUUCUCUGCAGUUGUGAAUUUGUUAUUAAUCUGGUUCAUUUGCCAAAGAUAAAUAUGGCAAUAAUAUGAUUGACUUAGUUCUAUUAUUUUCUCAUUGAAUGUGGUCCGUCCAGUGUUUUAGGAUUGACAUAAAUAUAUCUUGUGGCUGUAAUAUUUUAGUUUGGGAAGCAAUAUUGACAGCAUCAAAAUCUUGUUUAAAUCUGCAGUAGAUUCAAGAACUGCAGUUGGGACCAUUAAUACUAAUAAAAAAAGUAAACAGUUUUUUGUGUCCUUUAUAGUACAGGUAAACAUUAUUAUUCCUGGUCCUUUGCCAAGUUACCUCAGUAAAAUCCUGUUUUACAUGCUUUAAGAUGAAGACUUAAAACUUAUGAACAUGUAUUAGCAACAACUGCUUUUGACAUAUAACAAAUGCAGUAAACCCUGAUAUCAAUGUUUUGGAGAAGACAGCUCGACAAGGAGGAGAUGGAGAAGUGCAGUGAUUAAAUUAAUCAAUCCACUUUAUCAUGGAUCGAUGAUUAUUUUUCACCAAAUUGUUGCACAACAGUUGGAUUGAAAAGGCCAAUGAAGGGAUAUGAUGAUAUUAGAGUACAAGAGAGAAUACUUUAAACUUGUCCCCCUUUUUAAGUUAUCAAGGCUUAGACUAUACUAGUAGUGGGUAAUGAGGUCAUUUAUCAUGCCUGGUUGGGUUAACCAGUCUUUAUGUUGUAUUCUGUGGACAGCUUGUAUCAAUCAAGCUUCACAAAGGAAAGAUUUGGAGACUAAUAUGCAAAAGUGCCCUUUCAUUCCAAUUUAUGUGUGGAGUACUGAUGCGCAUUGUAAGACCAUUGUUUGUAGAACCGAGCUUUACAUUGAAACAUCAGCUAUAAAACUGGAGGAGAUAGAGAAACAAAGAGCUCAUGAGCGAUACAUGAGGCUGCAGGAACAAGGGAAAACAGAACAAUCUCGGAAGGAUUUAGAGCGUCUGGCCUUGAUACGUCGUCAAAGAGCAGAAGCUGCAAAGAAACGGCAGGAGGAAAAAGCUGCCAAAGAAUUGAAGAGAGCUGAAACUGAAACUGAUCUGCCUCCUGCAUUUUUAGCUAGAGAUAAAAAGGGUGCUUUGCGUUCUCAGUCCUAACUGCUCUAAGAUGGCCCAAAUCAGCUUGUUCCGCACGAGCAUGAUCACAAUGUUGGAAUCAAUGUAAUCAGUUGCACGCCUCAACUAAUUUCUAAAUGUGGAUGUGAAAAGAAAUAUUUCCGAGCA